UCAGCAGCAGCUGUCAGUCUGUUGCAGGCUGUUGGUAACAAGUCAUUUCUGCAAGGUGGUGAAGACUGCAAGGUAGAACCGGACUCUUUGAGGAUGUCGAGUUCUCUUGUCGUGUGUGAGGUGGACGAAAGCCUGAAAGAUAAACUGAAAAAGUUUCGAUUUCGAAAAGAAACCAACAAUGCUGCCAUGUUAAUUAAAAUAGACAUGAAGCAACAGCGUGUCGUCCUUGAAGAAGAAUAUGAGGAUAUCACUCUGGAUGCACUGAGAGAUGAACUUCCAGACCGGCAACCAAGAUUCAUGACAUACAGCUACAAAUACGUCCAUGAUGAUGGUAGAGUGUCCUAUCCCCUGUGUUUAAUCUUCUCCAGUCCAGUGGGGUGUAAACCAGAGCAGCAGAUGAUGUACGCAGGGAGCAAGAACCAGCUGGUCCAAACUGCAGAGAUCACAAAGGUCUUUGAAACCAGAAACCCCGAUGAGCUGACAGAAGAGUGGCUGAAAAACAAACUGGCGUUUUUCCGCUGAAACAUUAAAAAUUAAUUCCAAUUACA